UCUUCCCUUCAUGACCAAUUACGUGUUCCACUGUAACGUGUGCCAUCACAGCGGCAACACGUACUUCCUCAGGAAACAAGCAAACUUGAAGGAGAUGUGUCUCACAGCGCUCGCUAACCUGACAUGGCGGUCCAGAACGCAAGACGAACACCCAAAAACGAUGUUCUCCAAAGACAAGGAUAUCAUCCCCUUCAUUGACAAGUACUGGGAGUGCAUGACAACUCGUCAGAGACCGGGGAAGCUCACCUGGCCCAACAACAUCGUGAAGACGAUGAGUAAAGAGCGAGACGUCUUCCUGGUGAAGGAACACCCCGACCCCGGCAGCAAAGACCUAGAGGAGGAGUACCCCAAAUUUGGCCUGUUGGAUCAGGACCUGGGAAACAUCGGACCGUCGUACGACACACAGAAACAGACCACUGCCGCUCCCGCUGCCGGAGGACUCAACGGUGCUUUGGCUCCUGGCCGAAAAGGAAGAGGGGCCAAACGUAAACAGCAGCAGCAGCAGGAAGGCACAGCUGCAGGAGCCACUAAGAGAACCAGAAGCGACCCUCUGUUCUCGGCCCAGCGCCUGCCUCCUCACGGUUACCCCUUGGAGCACCCGUUUAACAAAGACGGGUACCGUUACAUCCUGGCAGAGCCGGAUCCUCACGCUCCGGAUCCGGAGAAGCUGGAACUGGACUGCUGGGCCGGAAAACCCAUUCCUGGUGAUCUGUACAGGGCCUGUCUGUACGAGAGGGUGCUGCUGGCCCUACACGACAGAGCGCCUCAGCUGAAGAUCUCUGACGACCGCCUGACUGUGACCGGGGAGAAGGGCUACUCCAUGGUGCGAGCCUCGCACGGCGUGCGGAAAGGCUCGUGGUACUUUGAGGUCACGGUCGAUGACAUGCCUGCAGAGACGGCGGCUCGGCUCGGCUGGUCUCAACCGCUCGGCAACCUUCAGGCGCCUCUGGGUUACGACAAGUUCAGCUACUCGUGGCGCAGCAAGAAGGGCACGCGCUUCCACCAGUCGAUAGGAAAGCAUUACUCCUCGGCCUACGGCCAGGGAGACACGCUGGGCUUCUUCAUCGAGCUGCCUGACAAUACAGAGACCGCCAAGGCUCUGCCGGACACGUACAAGGACAAGGCUCUUAUUAAGUUCAAGAGCUACCUGUACUUUGAGGAAAAGGACUAUGUGGACAAAGCAGAAAAAAGCUUGAAGUCAAUGAGCCCCAGCAGGAUGAUCUUCUAUAAAAACGGAGUGAGCCAAGGUGUCGCCUUUGAAAACCUGUUUGAAGGCAUGUACUUUCCCGCCAUCUCACUCUACAAGAGCUGCACGGUGUCAGUUAAUUUUGGGCCACAUUUCAAACACCCUCCGAAGGACCUCAAGUACCAGCCGAUGAGCGACAUGGGCUGGGGCGCCGUGAUCGAACACACUCUGGCCGACAUGCUGUACCACGUGGAGACGGAUGUGGACGGACGGCGCAGCCCUCCGUGGGAAGGCUGAACACAGCUCGAUACUCAGUACGCUCACACGCCCCAGUCAAAACAUCGAUCAGCCUCUGACCGUAAAAUCAAACACCACAUGCUGCAGUAGCACAAAAAAAAGUUAUGGCUGAUUUGCAACGUAAGUUUUGGAAGACCUCAAAUACGCUCUAAAAACGACAACACCAAGCUGAAAGUGAAUGGCUGCGUAUUAUUUUUUGUUAGCGUGCCAUCUGCAGACAUUCCUCUCUGAACAUCUGACGACUGAAUCGACUUAUUUUUGGUGCUCUGCUCUAAAAUCUGUAUAUUUUGAAGUUUUGCGGUAGAGACUCAUCAUGUUGAACCUCUGAUGUUCUGCAUGUCGUCGCGGCCAAACAGACCGACACCGACACGUCACCUGUAGACGAGAGCUGAUUCUCAAGUCUUUAGUGGAUUCAGUGGUUUUUUUGCUAAAUUUAUUUGUUUUACAAUGUGUGUCAGUUAUUUACUGUUUUAUACUCUGGGUUAAAUAAAUAAAAAAUGCUACAUGGACAAGGUGAAACUCAUUCAUGAAAUUUGGAUUUCAAACGAAGAAAUUUCACUUCAAACUUUUGUUACUGAUGUUUUUUUGCUUGUACAUCUUUAAAAGUAAAUAGGGCUGCAAGAAACGUUUUUACCCUUUUCCACAAAAAUUAGUAUAAAAAUCCACAGAAAUUAGGCCAAAUUAGACUCCUUUC